AUGGCCUACUAUCUGGGCCGGCAAUGGGAGCGCGGCGCGGUCCAUGGUGAGGGUGCAAUAGACGGAGAUGCUGAUGCCGGGCAGACAGGUGCAUUGGCUCUAGUUGCUCCGGACAAUCAGGCGGAGCUCGUUGAACAGGACGAGGACUUGGAAACCACCGUGGCCAAGAUUUCCUUCCAAAUGGAUGAGGCCGAGCUGGCAGACACACCCUGGCGCCGGGCGGGAACCAAUCUGUCCGACUUCUUCAACUUCGGUAUGAGCGAGGAUGAGUUCAAGGAAUACGUGAUGCGCCGUGGGGUCCGGGUGCGGCUGGAGGCCAAGGGUCGCCGGAAGAUCGAGCGCCUGGAAGGGGGGCGCCGGCAAUGCAAGGCAGCGGCAGAUGGAAGACGCGGCCAGGAAAAAACAUCCCCCAAGUGCGAAGGGCAGGCAACUCGCCGUCACGGCGCCGCUGUUCUCAAACUCGGAGAUCGUUCCCUGGCAGUGCUUGACAAGGAGCUGGCGGAGCGUGUUGUCCUGGUCUCCGGCUUCGAUGUGCGUCUGGUUCGAAUCAACUCAAAGAUGGACCACUACCACGUUCUUCAGGGUCUUCAGGAUCCGUGUGAUGAAGGCGAGACCUCGGAGACAUUCUACUGCUACCAGUGCUGGGGCGAGACCGGCACCCCCGGCAACAAAAAGCUCGAUGGCCCUUUCUCUGACAGGGAGAUGCGGGAAGCUUUUGCCGGAGUGUUCGAGAAACGGACCGGAAGUGCUUGGGGAAGUCUGAAGCCAGGAGACAAGGUCGCCCAUGGAAAUUUCUGGUGGCAGCAGGUGAGUGCUGUGGAUGAGCAAGCCCUCUGGCAGUACUAUGUGCACGACGGGGUGGAUGGCAAGAGACGCGGCUGGUAUCCGUACGAGGACGAUGCUUCUGCUCUGGUGGAAGAGAUGUUUGCGCAGCACGUGAGCAACGACCAGGAGAAGCGUACAGCGAUCAGGACGGUGUCUUCAGGCUACUUCUCCUACAGAAUCGACUUGGAGGCCAUGACGCAGGAGAAUGCCAGGACCGGCAAGGUCCGUGCCAUCCGGCGUUUCACGAAGACCGUGAUGGAGAAGUCCGCGAAGAAGCGGGCUGCCAAGAGGUCGCCAGCCGAUCGCAAGAAAGUGGCGAAGACGAUUCUGAAGACGAAGAGCAAGCCCAAAGCAAGGGAGCCCAGCAAGACCAGGAAGACCAGCAAGCCCAGCAAGCCCAGCAAGGCAGCCAAGGCCAAGGCCCCCAAGGUCAAGGUGGCAACAGGCAAGGAUGCCAAGGCCCAGGUCUUCCAGGGCAAGUUCACCCGGACCUCUACCGGCCUCAAGAAGAGAGACCUCAAGAAGAACAAGUACGGAAAGGUGGUGAGCAAGAGGCUUUCCGAAGCAGGCCGGAAGAACUUCGCUCGGGUUGCUUGCUGGAUUGCCGCCUGCCAGAAAGCCCGGGAUGAGCUUGGCAUUACCGGCUUCGUUGCAAUCCGAAAGGACACGGAACUCUACAAGAAGGCAAAGGAGCUUUGUCCUCACGUGGAGCCACACGUCCUCGGGAAAGCAAAACGGCUUAUGUACCUUCGCGGCGGCUGGAAAGCAGCAGCGUCCCGCAGCGGAGGUAUGGCCGCUCGAAUUCGCCAGACUCCGAUGCUAGGCGAGAACUUCUGUCAGCUCCGUGUUUUAGUCACACAUGUCACAACAACUGCCAUAGUCACUUUCUUAGACGUCCUUUUCAGUGUGCGGCGAAGGGCCAUGCUGGGAAUUGCAAGCUACGACUCGGACGAGGAGCCCCCAGCAGCCCCUGCUGCCGAAGCAGUGCCCGCGGCAGCGGAACCGCCCGCAAAGCGGCAGCGUACAGAAGAACCUGCCGCCGACCUUGCGCCGAAGACGCUGGCAAGGCCAGAGCUUCCGACACGCGUGCGAGAGCAGAAGCUGCGGGAGAUCAAGCGGGAGAUUUCCCUGGCCAAGAGUGCGACGGCAGUCGUGCAGGUUGUGCGGCAGAACCUGAAAGACUGCUGGGAUGCGCGCUGGGGGGCAGAGGCGCUGUACCAGGUUGCCAAGCGAUCCACAGCGAGGACGCGACAGGAGUGGGCGGAAGAUAAGGCAGUCUUGAAGCUGGCUGAGAAGCUGAAGGAAGACGAGUCGCAGGAUCAGAAGUCGAUCAUAGAGCACGUCGUCUCCCUGAUGGUCGCUCGCAGCUGGCGGUCUCCUGCCAAGAGCCUCGCGCGGCUUUUCUGGCUCGGUGCGCCCUUGAAGAGCGAAGGCUCGCUGAAGGAGCACUUCGAGUCGAAGGCUCUGCCCUCGCUGCUCCGCUCGAAGCAGAUGGACCUUGAUGGGCCAGACUUGGCACUGAUCUUGGCCGCCAUGAAGGGCGAGAAGGGUGUGAAGGACACCGCCCUCCAGUCGAAGGUGGUGCUGCGACUGAAGGAGAAAGGCAUCCAUCGUGGCCUCUCGGCAACUGACAUUGUGGAGAUGGCGGAGUGUCUUCAGGACCUGGGAGUGCAAGAUCAGGCGGCCUUGAGGCCCUUGGGCCAGGAAGGCCUGCGCCGGCGAGGCGAGCUGACUCCUGACGAGUCCCAUCGCAUCCACACCGCAUUCCAGGCGAUGAAGCAGCCGCUUCCGCUCCUCAGCUUUGGUUUCGGAGUGCUCGCCGUCUCUUGUCAGCUUGAACCUGCCGGGCGAAGCGAAGCUCUUGAGACUCCAAGGCAGGUCUGGGACAAGCCAGGCAGCACGAAGACGAAGCAGACAGACAAUGGCAAGGUCACCACGCAGGUUCGACAUGGAUCGCACGUCUCGAAGCCAGACCAAACGCUUGCUUUGCAGGCCUUCGCCUUGCAAGACGGGCAUGAAAAGAAGCGGCACGGAAACAACGAUGCUUGGCAGUGCUUAGUAUCUGCACUUCAGCUGGAUUCUGCGGUCUCGCUUCAUGGUGCUCUUUUACAGUGCACCGAUUUUUUGAUAAAUCGGAUUUGCCAGCAGCGCCUGAGCUCAGUGGGUCUGUGGCAAGACUUGGAAGCGCCACUCCUGGCCAAGCAGGAUAAGACAUCGAGCGAACGUGGAUCCGGCAUCUUGGCCUCUGCAGGAUGGUUCUGUCAGCCUUUCACGACCUGGCAGGUGGAUGAUGCAGCAAGCACUGCAACAGCCAGCACGCCUUCGCGGCGCAGGCAAGUUGCUUUUGUCGUCGCGCCGAUUGUCUUCGUGGCUGCUCUGCUUGGCGUCUGUGGACUGGCCGGGCUUUUCUCGGCGCCGGAUCUUGGUAGCAGGGCCCUGAUCAAGUCGAUCCGAGGCACCAAAGACAGAUGUGAGGAGGCCGGCGAGGUCCUGCCGGGCCGAUUCCGCCCGCGCUGCACCGAGGACGGAAAUUGGGCUUCGCAUCAGUGUGAUGGCAGCACCGGCAUGUGCUGGUGCGCGGACAAGGCUGGACAACUGCUGGAGGGAACUCGCGGCAAGCCUGGCAAGGGGCCAAGGCACAAGGCCGAAUUGCAGGACUGCAUGCCAGCCCAGCCGCCCAGCCUCCCGAAAGUGAGUGAAUUUGUCGUGAACAGCCCAUAUGCCCAGCAAGCCCUGAAGGCAGGCAUUUUAAGCUUUUUCGGCGGCGGUUCGAAACAAGAUCCUUCGCAUGCCGACGAUGAUGAGGACGUUCCAGAAGCUACCCGGAGAUACAAGAAGUUCAGAAAGCAUGAGGAGUUGUUUGCUGCUUCCAUUCCCGACAGCUGGGUGGCUCCCGAGCUGCUGGAGAUCGUCCGAGCUUGCAAGUCUGGCUUCAAUUGCGAGCCCCGUGAAAUCUGUCCACAUCUCCGCGAGGAGGUGGCGGGUGUGUACUCGUUCCCGUGCUUCACGAAAGACUUCAUCUCUUGCUUCAACGAGGAGAUUGCUAGCUUCUACUCAUCCGGCAUCCCAGCGCGGCGCCCGAAUUCCAUGAACAACUACGGUGUCAUCGUGAACGAGAUCGGAAUGCGACCACUGAUCACAGAGUUCCAGCAAAAGUAUAUUUGGCCA